AUGCCCCGCAACAUGAUGCGCAACAGCAACUUCAUCGCCCUCAAACACCUCACAAACCGGACACCGAAUGACCCCUGCAUCCCCACUACCUGCUCCAUCCACCCCAGCAACCACCUCACCCGCCUCACCUGCAUCCUGUACUCCCUCACCAGCAUCCCUCCCUCUCCCCUUCUUCCCUCUCUGCCUUCCCCCAUACCCAGGAGUAACAUACGCAUCCAACCCCACACUCUCCGCCGGUACCUCCCCUUCAUCCCCCACACCACCCCGGUAGCCUCUCCCUCCACCCCUCCUACCACCUCUCCUUCCACCUCUACCUUCUCCCCAACUUCCCUGCUCCAGUUCCCCUAG